AUGUAUGUGGUUGCAGCAGUGCUGUAUAAUGAAGGCGUCGCGUCGGGGCUGCUCUACCUCCACGAGGAGUGGGAGAAGCUCGUGAUCCACAGAGAUGUUAAGGCCAGUAAUGUGUUGCUAGACGGGGAGCUUAAUGGGAGAUUGGGCGAUUUUGGUCUGGCUAGACUGUAUGACCAUGGGACGGACCCUCAAACCACUCAUUUAGUGGGGACGAUAGGGUACCUUGCCCCGGAGCAAACUAGGGCCGGGAAGGCCACAACGUGCACCGAUGUGUAUGCUUUCGGGGCAUUCUUGCUUGAAGUUGUGUGCGGGAGAAGGCCACUCGAUCCCCAAGUCGAAGACGACGAUGAUGCCGUCCUCGUUGAUCGCGUCUUUUCUUAUUGGUGUAGAGGUGAAAUUCUGAAAACUGUGGAUUCAAAUUUGGGGGCGGAUUAUGUUGUAGGAGAAGUGGAGCUAGUUUUGAAGCUUGGUCUGCUUUGUUGCCAAUACGAGCCAAUGGGUCGGCCAAGUAUGCGGCAGGCUGUGCUCUAUUUGCAGGGAGCUCUGCCUUUACCAGAGCUCUCAUUGCUAAGAAUUUCCAGUGCCGGAAUCAGGUUCUGAUGAGAUUUUAAUGAUUCUUAGUUUUCAGUCUUUAUUUAUCUUCUGAAUGAGCAUUUUUCAUGAUCUUUCUACUAUGGCAAAAUCUGUACUGCCUGUACAAAGUGUACAUGCAUGUUCUUUUGUCAGUAAAACACCUAACAUUUCUCUUUUGUGCAUAUAUUAGUGGUAUUAUAUUGACUUUGUUUGUCA